AUGCGGGUACAGGAGUUGAACACGCGGGUACAACAGGUGAACACGCGGAUACAACAGUUGAACACGCGGAUACAGGAGUUGAACACGCGGGGACAGGAGUUGAACACGCGGGUACAGGAGUUGAACACGCGGGUACAACAGUUGAACACGCGGGUACAGGAGUUGAACACGCGGGUACAACAGUUGAACACGCGGGUACAGGAGUUGAACACGCGGGUACAGGAGUUGAACACACGGGUACAACAGUUGAACACGCGGGUACAGGAGUUGAACACGCGGGUACAACAGUUGAACACGCGGGUACAGGAGUUGAACACGCGGGUACAACAGUUGAACACGCGGGUACAACAGUUGAACACGCGGGUACAACAGUUGAACACGCGGGUACAGGAGUUGAACACGCGGGUACAACAGUUGAACACGAGGAUACAGGAGUUGAACACGCGGAUACAGAAGUUGAACACGCGGAUACAACAGUUGAACACGCGGAUACAACAGUUGAACACGCGGGUACAGGAGUUGAACACGCGGGUACAACAGUUAAACACGCGGGUACAGGAGUUGAACACGUGGGUACAACAGUUGAACACGCUGGUACAACAGUUGAACACGCGGGUACAGGAGUUGAACACGCGGGUACAGGAGUUGAACACGCGGGUACAACAGUUGAACACGUGGGUACAAGAGUUGAACACGCGGGUACAACAGUUGAACACGCGGGUACAACAGUUGAACACGCGGAUACAAAAUUUGAACACGCGGGUACAGGAGUUGAACACGCGGGUACAACAGUUGAACACGCGGAUACAACAGUUGAACACGCGGGUACAGGAGUUGAACACGCGGGUACAACAGUUGAACACGCGGGUACAACAGUUGAACACGCGGGUACAACAGUUGAACACGCGGGUACAACAGUUGAACACGCGGGUACAGGAGUUGAACACGCGGGUACAAAAUUUGAACACGCGGGUACAGGAGUUGAACACGCGGGUACAACAGUUGAAACACGCGGGUACAACAGUUGAACACGCGGGUACAACAGUUGAACACGCGGGUACAACAGUUGAACACGCGGGUACAACAGUUGAACACGCGGAUACAGGAGUUAAUUUCAGCGCUGUAAUUGAGCACCAGAGGAGUAGGAGAAUGCUCAAUGAGUCCUUAACUAUGGUACAGCCGUUCUGUAACGACUCAUGUAUCUUGAAUACAGAAAUUUGA